UUGGCACACCCUUAACCCUGAAGAACCAAACAGAGCUCUCUGGAAAAACCCAUCACAGCCUCUCAGGAUCCAUCAAAAGCAGACAGUCCACUUAAUCUAGAGUCAUAGUAUUACAAGAAAAAACACCACAGUGAAGAAACAAAAGAUUAUCUCCACAAUGCCAACCAACAAACGCAGACCAAGGAAAAAACAAGGAAGAUAUUAUGAUGCCCCCAAAUGAACAAAACACCCCCAAUACAAGAUUAUGAAGAUGAUGAGAUAGAAGAAAUGCAAGAUAUGGAUCUCAAAACAUUGAUAAGAACAUUAACAAGUUCUCAAAAACAAAUUCUUAAACUACAGAAAUCCUUACUAGACAGGAUAGAAACUCUCUCUCAUGAAAUGAAAUAAUAAGCAGCAAUCAAAAUGAAAUAAAGCAACUAGUAGAACAUGAAAUUAUGAUAGUGAAGAGAAAUCAUCAUGAAAUGAAGAAUUCAAUAGAUCAAAUGACAAAUGCAUUUGAGAGCCUUAAAAAGAGAAUCAGUGGAGCAGAAGAGAGAAUAUCAGACAUAGAAGACAGAGCACAAGAAAGUAUACAGUCAAGCCAAAGAAAAGAAGAGGAAAUUAGAAAUCUAAAAAAUAUUGUGGGGAAUCUACAAAAUCCUUUUUAAAAACCCAACAUUCAAGUUCUAGGAGUUCCUGAAGGCAUGGAGAGAGAGAAAUGAUUAGAAGGCCUUUUUAGUGAGAUACUAGCAGAAAAUUUCCCAGGUUUGGAGAAGGACAGAGACAUCCUAGUACAGGAAGCUCAUAGAACCCCAAAUAAACAUGAACAAAAGAGAUCCUCACCAUUACACAUGUUAAUCAAACUCACCACAGUGAAACAUAAAGAAAAGAUCCUAAAAUGUGCAAGAGAGAAACGUCAAAUUACUCUCAGAGGAUCUCCAAUUAGAAUCACAGCUGACUUCUCAUCAGAAACCCUAUAAGAUAGGAGGGAAUGGCGAGACAUAGCCCAGGUACUAAGAGAGAAAAACUGCCAGCCCAGAAUAUUAUAUCCUGCAAAGCUCUCACUUGUGAAUGAAGGUGAAAUAAAGACCUUUCAUAGCAAAUGGAAAUUGAAAGAGUUUGCCACCACUCAUCCAGAGUUGCAAAAGAUGCUUAAAGAUGUGCUACACACAGAAACACAGAAACACGGUCAUCAAUAUGAAAGUAGGAAAAAGAAGAAAAACUCCCAGUAAAAGAACACAGGAAGUUCAAAGCAUAUAUUAGAAAAUAUUUCUUGGAAAUUGGCAGGGCAAAGUUACGGCUUAUCAGUAGUCACAUUGAAUAUUAAUGGCCUCAACUCUCCAUUUAAAAGACACAGACGGUCUCCGGGCCAAGAUGGCGGCGCAGUGUACCACACGCUGGUUGCUGGUGGCUGUGGGGUCCCGCCGGCUGCCAGCUGUAGCGGGAACAGGGGCUCGGCCGCCCAGGGAGGGCGUAUUGGAGGCCUCGCUGGGCCGCAAGCUGAGCGUCGUUGCCUUCGCGCCUUCCCUGGGCGCUGGCAGUCCCCGGGCGCUGCUGACAUUGAGACCCGGUGUCAGCCUCACAGGAGCAAAAAGUUACCCUUUUAUUUGUACUGCCUCCUUCCACACGAGUGUGCCUUUGGCCAAAGAAGAUUAUUACCAGAUUUUAGGAGUGCCUCAAAAUGCCAGCCAGAAAGAUAUCAAGAAAGCCUAUUACCAGCUUGCCAAGAAAUAUCACCCUAACAUGAAUAAGGAUGACCCCAAAGCCAAGGAGAAGUUCUCCCAGCUGCCGGAAGCCUAUGAGGUGUUGAGUGACGAGGCGGAGAGGAAGCAGUACGAUGCCUAUGGAUCUGCAGGGUUUGAUCCGUGGGCUGGCAGCUCUGGGCAGAGCAACUGGAGAGGCGGCCCCACCGUUGACCCUGAGGAGCUGUUCAGGAAGAUCUUCAGGGAGUUCUCCUCAUCUUCAUUUGGAGAUUUCCAGGGCAUGUUUGAUCAGCCUCAGGAAUACAUCAUGGAGUUGACAUUCAAUCAGGCGGCCAAGGGCGUCAACAAGGAGUUCACUGUGAACAUCAUGGAUACCUGUGAGCGAUUUGACGGCAAGGGGAACGAGCCCGGCACCAAGGUGCAGCACUGCCAUUACUGUGGCGGCUCCGGCAUGGAAACCAUCAACACGGGUCCUUUUGUGAUGCGCUCCACGUGUCGGAGAUGCAGUGGCCGUGGCUCUAUCAUCACAACUCUCUGUGUGGUCUGCAGGGGAGCGGGACAAGCCAAGCAGAAGAAGCGAGUGGUGAUCCCAGUGCCUGCUGGAGUUGAGGAUGGCCAGACUGUGAGGAUGCCUGUGGGAAAAAGAGAAAUUUUCGUCACGUUCAGGGUGCAGAAGAGCCCUGUGUUCCGGAGGGAUGGUGCAGACAUCCACUCGGACCUCUUCACUUCUAAAGCUCAGGCCAUUCUGGGGGGAACAGCCAGAGCUCAAGGCCUGUACGAGACAAUCAACGUGACGAUCCCCCCUGGGAUUCAGACAGACCAGAAGAUUCAGCUGAGCGGGAAAGGCAUCCCCAGGAUUAACAGCUAUGGCUACAGAGAUCACUACAUUCAUGUCAAGAUCAGAGUUCCAAAGAGGCUAACGAGCCGGCAACAGAGCCUGAUCCUAAGCUAUGCUGAGGAUGACACUGACGUGGAGUGGACAGUGAACGGCAUCACCCACACAAGCACUGGUGGCAGCACCAUGAUAGCUCCGCAGGAAGCAAGGCUAGGCCCGAGGCUGGGGAGGACGAGGGAUUCCUUUCCAAACUUAAGAAAAUGUUUACCUUCUGAUAUCCCAGCUGAGGAAAAUGGUCUACCGGAAACUAGGCCAGAAACCAGCAACCCCUCCCUGUGGCCAGGGCGCCUUGGAGACAGGAAGAUUCCGGAAAAGCAGCACUGAGCCUCUCCUGAAGAGCCCUCUUGACUGCCUGGCAACAGCAAAAUCAUGUGACAACCAUUUCUCCUCAGAAGGUCAUGGUGGAUGGCCCUUGGGCAGUGAGAUACAACACCAAGGGCUGUAGAGGGCUCAUGUCCACAGGUGGGUGACUCAGCCUCCCUGGCUCAGACAGGGUAAGACACUUAGACAUUUCUUGCAGCACUAAACUCUGAUUUGGAAUCCAGUGUGGUGGAGGUCAUAGCUAGAACUAAAGGCCCUGCUUACAGCCUAACAAUGAAGCC